AGUCACUGUGGAGAGCUCAGCUGCAGAAGGAAGGCAGUUGGAAAAAGGCUGGGUGGGCGAAUCCCCCGACUGGGGGGUAGUUAGCCCUGAAACUUUCUGACUACCAAGUAAACAAUGGGGUUUUAUACACGAUUGAGGAUUUGUUUUGUCGAAGGAUUUUGAAAUACACAGCAUGUGCUGGAGUAAGAAAAUAUGCAGUAAUGUUCCAACAUGGUAAUUCUUCCUGUUUUCAAACGGGGGACACGUGUUGUUAAAACAAGUGAUAUUUUUUUUACAUAACAAAUAUAAGUAAUACUUCACAGCUUUACAGAAUCAAUCUAGAUCAUUGUUCGCGCAAAUGACGCGAGAACUUGAGAUUGCAAGAUUAUAAAGAACAGAAACCUGGAAUUUCACCACGGUAAUUUUAGAAUCUGUAACUUAAAAUGUCUUUACACCUUUUAAGCAUAAGCAGGGCUUUCUGGUGUCUAUUGCUUAUCAGCUACAAUUAUUUUUAAUAAUAAUAAAAAGGAAUUCUGUCUGUAACCGCUAACGUUAUAGUUUUGGUUGUAUGUUUCAGGGAACUUAAAUUAAGCAAAAAACAUUAACAAACAACUCGAUCGCGUCUUUGAUAUAGCCCACUACUAGAAAGGGAAAGUUUUUCAAAACCAUGAGCCCUGUCCCGAACGAUGUCGAGAAGUGGGACUGGACGAUCUUCGCGCACUAAUUUAGUUAUACUAAAGACUGUGUUUCUGGGUGCGUCGUUUGAUGCAUCCGCAAAUAGGGAAUAUUACGUUAUAAGGCGACGAUAGAUGGGGGGUAACGCCACUUCCCAGAAACCAGACAAGUCGCAGUAACAGGAAGAGGAGAGGGGUGCGUACGGGAUCGCGGAGCAGGAGUGCGGAUCUGCGGGCGUCUCAUCAACUGCUUCACCACACCGUCAUCUGCACAAAAUCCGCGCAAAAUGGAUGACGGAAAGAUGGUGGGCGGGAAGGCGAAGAAGCCCGGCAAGCGUGGGCGCAAACCGGCGAAGAUCGACCUGAAGGCGAAGCUGGAGCGCAGCCGGCAGAGCGCACGGGAAUGCCGGGCGCGCAAGAAGCUGCGAUACCAGUAUCUGGAGGAGCUGGUCUCCAGUAAGGAGAGGGCCAUCUGCGCCCUGCGGGAGGAGCUGGGCAUGUACAAGCAGUGGUGCUCUGCCAUGGACCAGGGGAAGAUCCCGUCGGAAAUCAAGGCUUUAUUGACGGGGGACGAUCAGAAAGGGCAUCAGAGGGCCCCCCCUAAAAUCACGAAAAGCCCCCCGAGCACGAACACAUAGCGGAAGCCCAAGUGAGAAUCACAUGGGAGGCGGCAGUGGGGCCUGGGACGGAUGGCCGGUCAGGAGGCGAAAGUUUAUGAGGAAUGAAGGAAGGAGCUGACCAGGCAGUGGACACGCCGACGGCGGAUGUGCCUGAUUUUAGGCAUCAUGACAGGAAGGGGGUCUGUUAUCAGUAUUAGGACAGCAAAGGCCGAAUGUAGCUUUAACCCUCCUGUGGGCACUUGAUCAGUUCCAUGCUAUUUAUUGAUGCUAUAGUCAGGCCUUACUAAUGCACACAAUGCUACCAUAUUAUGGGGAAAUUCACAAUAUGUGUACAGUGGAUGUACCCUUGAGUAAGUAUAUAUACCUGAUCCUGGGGUAUACUAUGUAUAACAUAGCUUUUAUAUCAUCAGUUGGACAUGAUGCUGUGGAAUGAUUAUUAAUGUUAAUAAUAAUCAAGCUGGCUCUCAGCUACAUGUGUGUCUGCCUGUGUCAUGGAGAGUAAGAUUAUUAAAAAUGUAAUAAUUUAAGGCA